GGUGCCGGACAGAUUCCGUUGACAUUGCUGCUGUUACCAAACCAGAAGGUUUCCGUGCAGGGAGCCUCCGUGACUCUGCAGCCCGCUUCUCGGCUUUAACAGCGGGUCUUCGUGCAGCCAUGUAUCGGCGGCCGCUGCAGUUCGCCGCCAGAAGCUUCGCUCAUGUGUCCGCCUGCAGGGCCGCCUCCGCCGGGGGCAAGGGGUUGGAUCAGGAAGCCUGUUUCAGAGCGCUGGCCGCCUGUCAGCAGGCGGGCGUCUCCUCUCCAUUAGUAACGCCGUGCCGGACGCUGCAUGUCGCCACACAGAUAAAACCGCCGUCGGAGACGCACAGAUCCCAGAAUAAUCCCACAGAAAUGCUCGCUGUUGAUAAAAGAAGCCCAUUGGGCGAGUCGCUUUUCCAGCUGAAAGCUGCUGAACCAGCGCGAUGUUGUGGUUACCGAGUGACGACGUCAGACGUGAUGUUUUUGUUUCCACAGAAAAUCAAGAUCGCUGCUCUGCGGAUGUACACGUGCUGCGUGGAGAGAAUCAACUACGACGAGUUCUUCGACAAGUGCACCCUCCCUGACACUCUCAACUCCUGGUUCCUGGUUGCACAGCUGCACGUAUGGAUGUGUUUGGUGCGGAUGCGUCAGGAGGGCAGAGAGGGGAAGUACAUGUGCCGUUACAUCGUGCACUCCAUGUGGGAGGAUGUGGAGCAGAGGAGCAAAAUCAUGGGGAUUGAUGCCAUCCACAGAAAGGAAGCGAUGAAAGCGAUGACCGAAACCUUCUAUGCAGCGAUAUUUGGAUACGAUGAGGGAAUCCUGUCCGAUGACACUGUGCUGGCAGCGGCUCUGUGGAGAAACCUGUUCAACCGUCAGUGUGAAGACCCCAGACAGCUGGAGCUCAUGGUGGAGUACGUCCGCAAACAGAUGCAGUACAUCGACGCGCUGGACGGGGACGACCUGCUGCUCACAGGAGAGGUGAAGUGGCGCCCCCUGGUGGAGGAGAACGCACAGAGCAUCCUGAAGGUGGUCAAACCCACGUACAACGAUGCCGGACUGUGACAGACACUUGUUGCACUUCAGUUUCCUUUCAUCCUUUCCUCGGUUAUGUUUUCUCCUCCCCUUCUUUUCCUCAUGACUCCUCCUCUCCUCAUUGUUAUGAGAUUUUAAUUUGACUUCAGGUCUGUUGUUGUAGCUUUUUUUUCUUCCUCUUGUGUUCAGAGCACUUAUUCUCCCAAUGAUGUG